AUGUUAAAUUAAACAUUAAAUGAUGCUUAAAUAGUGGCUGGUAUAGACAAUUUGAAAAUGAAAGUAUUUGUAUAUGUAUAUUGUAUUAGAAUCAUUGUGCAUAUAAUUACGAACUAUAUCCUAAUGGUGAAAAACCAUUAUUAUUGAUGUGUACGUAAUAUCUGGCUGUAGAUGAUAGAUUAAAGUGGAAUGUAUUUUUAAGUUAUGUACGCACUUUAAGUAUAAAAAAUUAUAUCAAUUAGAAUUAAAGGUGGAUAGACAAUUCUAUGUGAAUUUAGGAAAAAUAUAUGAGCAGAUAUUCAGUCAUUGUUAUGAAGAAGAUCUUAUAUAUUUAGAAUCUGAAUUUGGUAAGCCACUUGAGGGCUAUCAAGAUAAUCAAUUAUAAGAGCUAUUCUUCAUGUUUUCAAAAUGUUCACCUUUUAAUAACGAUGCUAGAACAGGAAGAUUUCUUAAAAUUGGUGCUUCAUUGUAGCCAGAAAAUCUAGAUGAUAGAUCCACCGUUGUUGCUGUACAAUUAUUCAGGAAGUUUUUUCUCUAAUAUGCUGAUUAUAACUUUAAAGUAAAGAACAAUUUAAAUUUCAGCAACUUAAUCCAUUUCAUAUAAUAAAAAACAACAACAAUAUGCAUUAUGACACUACAGUUGUCAGAGAAAAGAUUGUAAAUCUAAUGAUGAACAAUUAAGAUUUUUUAAAUUACAUAGAAUAACAUACUUCAUUAUUUUAAAGUUAAAUAUCUUUUGAUUAACAAAGGAAGAUAGAGCAUUAAAAGGAGAGUUUGAUGAAAUUUCUUUAUGAAAACACUGAUUUACAUCACUUUAUAAUAAUGGUAUAUGAUUUAUUGAACAAAGUAACAGAAGGAGAAUUUAAUUCAACUCUUAUUCUAAAACAUAUAUCUUUGUAAAUUUUAGAUCCAUUUAUACAUCCACUUGCAUUGUCUAUUUGUGAUUUUUAUGAAUAAAUAUUAGAAGAAUAUGAAGGGACAGAGGAUGUUAAAUAAGUGAAAGAUAAAUAUCUACCAAAAAUAACAUUUUUAAAUAUGGAUGGUAUUGAUUUUGAAUUCAAUUAUAAAUUAUUGGAUAAUUAUUCAGAUUCUUGCUAAUAUAUAUCAGUAUUGGAUGAAAUGUUAGAUUGUGAUGAUAAGUCUUAAAUGUUUGAUUUAGUUACUAAAGAUAAAAAUUGUUUUAUGUUAGCUAAGAAUUCUUAUAUUAUCCCUAUUAGAUAGAGUCAUAAAGAAAAAAGAUUAAAUGAUAUGCAUUUUAGACAUAUCUUAGAUUUAUUAGUAUAUCCUCUAAUAAAAUCAUUCUAACCUUAAGUCAUUAUAUUUAGUUAUUCAUUUGCAUAUUUUAAUUAAGAAUCUGAUAUACAAUUGUCUUCAAAGUUAUUUACAGAAAUCACAACUCAUCUUUCAUUAAUUAGUAAUUAUAAAGUGAUUUUUCUACCCAGAAUAUUAUCAUCUGGUGUAUAAAUUUAAGAUCAUAGAUUUGAAAUUGAACUCUUAAAAACUGAUCACAAAAAUAUAUUAUACUAUUUAAAUAUUUAUUUAACUCAUGUUUAAUAAAGCUUUAAAUUUUUACAUCCCUCAAAUUAAUAACAUUGUGAAUUAUCACAUUAUGCUAAUAAUGCUAUGAAAAUUGUUAAGAGUAAUAGUUUUUAUGAAAAAAAAAAGUAAGGCAAUAUUAUACAUUAUGUUUUAAAUAAAGAAAAAGAAAGAUAUAUGUUUGAAAUAUUAUCAGGAUUUCUUGAAUCUUGUAGAAGUAAUAAAUUUUAUUAUUCUUUAGAAUCAUAUUUAUAAGAAGUUAAAGAUAAGGAUAAACGUAUGUAAGAUCCAAAUUUAUAAUGUUAAGAUUUGUUAUAAUAUAAACUAUCCUAUGCUAAACUUUUAGAUAAAUUAUAUCAAUAUAAUCAAAAACAUCAAUUUAGUAAUUUAUUCAAAUCAACCUAAUAAUAAAUACAUACUUAUAAGUUACUUUUUAAAUAACACUAAAAAACUUAAAGAAGAGAGGAUUCAUAAUUUGUUUCUUUUUUAGCAUAAGACUUAAAAGAUUAUAUAUAUGUUAUAGAUAAUAUAACUAACAGUAAUUCAAUCCUAUUUAUUAUAGAUGAACCUUAGUUAUUAUAAAUAAAUUUAAGGAAAUUAUAAUCUCCAGUUUAUAUCCAUAAUAGACUUACUUAGUACUUUGUAAAUUAUAAAUUAAAAAGUAUACUAUUUAUCAAUGUUCUAUCAUUUAUUGAUAUCAGAGAUAUUGGAAUUGUAAGAUGUUAUUAAAAGCUAAUAGAUUCAAAUAGGAUUCAUACUAAGUAUGUUUGGUGAAUUAUGAAAAAUAUCUAAACCCUGUUUAAAAAAUUAAUUAAAUUUGGGCAGAAAUUGAAGUUAUCCAUGAAACACCUGAACCCCCUGUUUUUUUUAGAUCUUUAUGUUUUGAUAAAUUAAAGAAUAUUAUCUAUUGCAUCUAUGGAAAAGAGGCUAAAAAUAACACAUUGUGUGAUUCUAUUGAUAUCUUCAAUUUUGAAAAAGUAUCAAAAUACAAAUAAUAUUAUUAGAAUACAUUCAUAACAAUUUACAGAGACAAAAAUACAAAAAAAGAGAGUGAUACUUAUUUUGCUAGAGCUUAUGCUUCCUCUGUUGUUUUCUCAUUCGAGGAAAAGUAAAAGCCUUAUUCUGAAGUUUGGACUUUUGGGGGAUCAUUUCUGUAAGUAUAUGAAAUAAACUAUAGAGGACAUUAUAAUCAAGAAUAUUAGAAUAUGGGAUUUUGUAAUUUAGUAGAAAGAUUAUUUAUAAGUGAAGAAUCUUAUCGAUCUGAAAAAAUUAAUAAAGAAUUAAUUGUUCCAUUAUCUAUGAGACCUAUGUAUGGAUCUUUAAUGUUAAGUGUGCAGUAAAAUAUAUUAUAUAUUGAAUAAUAGAGACAAUGAUGAAUCUGCUAUUUUGAUAAUUGGGGGAUCUUAAAAUGAACUUCUUGUAAAUAUUGAUUAAUAAGAAUAUAUUGGAUAUAAAUUUCAAAAGAUUGAUAAUCAAUAUUAUGUUAGUGCAAUUACUAAUCUUGGAUAGAAAAUUAAUCCAAUAAGUUUCUAUUCACAAAAUUAAAAUAUAUAUUCUGAUCAAGACAAGAUCUAUAUAUUGAAUGAUGCUACACAAAUAUUAGGUAAAUCAUAUAGAUUUAAUUAUGAAACAAAGGAAUUGGAAGAAACUGAUCCUUUUUCUCCUUAUGGUAUUUUAAGUUUAACUACCUUAAAAAUAUCAAAUAAUAUAUCUCCAUAAGAAGUAUUUUAGAAACAAAAAAUCUCAAUUAUAAGUAUUGAUGCUAAAAAUGUUAUUUUAAAUGGAACUUAAGUUGUGUAACCUUUUGCUCAAAUGCAUAAAGCAAUGAAAUUCUUAUAUAAAGAAUAAGAUAAUGUGAAUUAUUAAGCUAGAAUUAUAUUUUAAGAUAAAGAUGAAAUAGUUGGUUUAAUUAAAAAUUUUGAAUUUACCAAAUACAUACAUUUAUAUGUAAAUAUAAAAUAAGAUGAGAAUUUUCAUUAAGGUUACUUAAAACCAUGUUCAAUGUGUGUUAGUUAUUCAAAUAAAAGUCUAUAUUUACUUACUACAAAUAUUGAAAAUGGAUCUGUCUAUUUUACUAUUUAUAGUUAUCAAAUAAAUUAAUUGAUUUAAGAUAUCAAUUUAUCAUUAAAUAAUAAUAACACAAAAUUAGUAUUAAAUGUAUAUACUAUUUUUGCUAAAGUUGUCAUGCAUCUAUCUAACAAUGUAGAAAAGAUAUUUAAACAAUUAACAUGUGAUGAUGAAAAUCUCUAUUUGAUUGGUGGAUACAUGGGACUUAUUUAUUAAUAAAAUGAUUUAGAUUUAUUACUACUAUAAGGAUAACAAACUUAUAAAUAUCAUAAAAAUAUAGAAAACAUCAAUAAUAAUAAUUUUAAAAUUCCAUUUGAUAAUCCUGAAUAAUAUUCAAAAUUUGGAUAAAGUAAUAAAUAUAUGUAUGAAUCUCCAUACAUUAUUUGGACUAAUUCAGAAUAAAUAUUAAUUAUUGAAAAACAAUUUAAAUAAAAAUAUUUUAGUGAAGUAAUUGAUCGAGUACAUCAUGAUUUCAAGAUUUGGAUAACUAAAUUUGAAAUAUAAAUUAAUGAAACUUGGGAAUAAGGAAUUUUAGUACUUCCAUCUUUUUUACUUUCUAAAGCAUAUGUAGAAAUGACAUCUUAAGAAAUUACUGAUAAACUUAAAGAAUAAAUCUAACACAGAAAAUUAGAUUUAUUUCUAUAAAAUACAAAUACAGAAGUAUAAUAUAUAUAUUAUUAUUUAAAUAGUUUGAAACUAUUGUUAAAAUUGUUGAUUAUGUAACAAUUGAUUAAAGAAUCAUAUUAACAUGUGCAGUACAAGUUCUAAAUUUUAUUUAAAUGCUGAGCUUUGAAUUUUCACUAGAAAAUUAAGAGGAGUAUUUAUUAUAAUACAAAUACAAUGGAAUUCAUUAAUAACAUCAAAAUGCUAGAAGAUACUCAGUUCCAAUAUUUAUACCUAAAGUUACUCUUCUAGUAACACCUCAAAAAUAAGCAAUUAUUGAUGGAUAUCAAAUAUAUGAUCCUGUGAAUGAACAUCAAACUAUAAGAUAAUCAAAUCAAAGCUAAAUCAUAGUUAAAAUGAAAGAAUAAAUCAAAGUUUAUAAUCUGAUACCCUAAACCUGA